AUGGCGUCGGCGGCAGCGGAAUUAGUAGCGGAGCGAGAGCCGGAGCUGAGGCUCGAGAUGACAGACUCGAAUAGGACCUUCGUAGGUGCCCAGGGUCUAGUCAGGAUGGCCCUGGAUCAGUACACGGAAAUCCUCACGACAGUUUCCGAUCCACGUGUCAGCGACUGGCCGCUAAUGGACUCGCCUAUACCAACAAUCCUUAUCGUACUUCUUUAUCUGUACGGCGUCGUCAUAUUCGGCCCGCGUAUGAUGGUCAACAGAAAGCCGUAUAAACUCAGAGGAGUCUUGGUGACAUACAACGCGUUUCAAGUCGUCUUCUCGCUAGGGAUGCUAUAUGAGCACUUAAUGUCCGGAUGGCUAUUGGACUACAGCUAUAAAUGUCAACCGGUCGAUUACUCCCACAAUCCAUCCGCUCUGAGGAUGGCGAACCUCUGCUGGUGGUACUUCAUCAGCAAAUUUACGGAAUUCGCUGACACGGUAUUCUUCGUGUUGCGCAAGAAAGACAGUCAGGUGACAUUCCUGCAUUUAUAUCACCAUUCUCUAACACCCCUCGAGACGUGGAUCUGCGUGAAGUUUAUCGCGGGCGGCCAUGGCACCCUGGGCAAUCUUAUAAACAACGCGGUGCACGUGGUCAUGUACGCGUAUUACAUGUUAGCGGCCAUGGGCCCAGAAUUUCAGAAGUAUUUGUGGUGGAAGAAGCAUCUGACUACUGUACAACUGGUGCAGUUUUUCCUGGUGUUCGUGCAUAGCGCGCAGGCCCUCAUCUUCGAUUGCGGCUACCCGAAACUGGUCGCGGCCCUCCUUCUACUUCACUCGACGAUUUUCUUCGUGCUCUUCUCCGACUUUUACAGGUCCGCUUACCGCAGAGGAAAGUCCGCGAAGGAACUCAAGGCUGAAUAGUACACAUACGAAAGGGAAAAUCUUCGUUCCAGCGACGAACGAGACACGCAAUACACACGUACACACAUAUCGCGUCGAAAUGUGGGCUCCUUUCUACACCGGUGAACUUUUACGCUCGUUAAUGUAUCGAUAGAUGAGGGACUCAUCGAGCAGCUCAUAUAUUCGAAAAUGUCAAUUGUUGGCAAAGCGCGAGAGGAAUAAAUAUCUAAAUACGCGCGUUCUAGAGAAUAUCGAAAUUUCUUAUCUACUCUGCGAAUGACGGAAUUAUCAAAAUGUUAACAAAAAAGCGAACCGUGGCGCCGAGCAAAAACUGCGUCGGCAACGCUUUAUAAUUUUUGUACAAUAUAAAUAACAAUUAUAAAGAAUUGCAAGUAUCGUAGAAGGAAAACUGAUCAAUGAAAAAGCAGGAUCAGUCGGUUAACGGGUUAAUGCUGCUAUCUGCUAUCAGUUUGGCAAGGCGAUACAACGAAAAGUCUGCGAUGUGGACACCAGGAAAGACUAUCCAUUAGAAAUUCCUUUUAGGCAACGAUCAAAUGUGAUUGUUUGGGUCGCUUUUGCAGCGAUAAAUUGUACUGACUCUCGAUACAUAAACGCGUCUUCCCGAUAGAUAAUCGAGGUCAGAUAUUUCACUGGUGCGGGGCGUGGAGAUUGCUUCCGUAAGGAAGAUAAUUCUUAUUCGUUAUACUCUCCCCGGACGUGUAUUAUCCGCAGGACAUCUCGGGUCUCGCGCGCACCUUGGAUUAACUUCAAUAUUACAUAGCCUUAAAUGUUGCUUCUAUUAUAUUUUAAUCGGCUUCCAUCGCUCAAUUAACUCGCUAAAGGAAGUUAAGGAACGCCAUGAGGAUUAGGUUAAAUAAAAUAAAUGGUAAAUGUAAUUUUCUCCUUUUUGAGGAUAUAAAGCCUGGAAUUUUGAGAGAUUGCGAUAAGCGAGAAGGAACGCAAAGACGAAACGAAGCAAUAAUAUAAUACAUAUGAUUUGAAAAUUACAUGGCUACAGUUAUAAAAAUAUUCUGUCGUGUUGGACUAAUCGGUCCUGAAAAUCACGCAAUCGUGUUCAAUAUUCGUAAUUUUCAGAAUUAACGUGAGGCAUUGAAAUAAAAAUUUAAAGCAUGAAAUUGUUUCUUAUAAUUUCUAAAUAAUUCUGGAGAGCUAGUUAAUUGGUGUAACACGAAAAAUAUAGAUAUAUAUCCGAUAAGCUUAUCUUUGCAUUCUAAUUAAAGUAAUCGAGAAGUAUUGCCGCAGCUUUUCGAUUCGAGAAACGGAGCAAUCGGGAAACAUAUAUAUGCAUGUAUAUGCUCGUCGAUGCUGAAGGAGGCUCCCGGAUAUACCGCAGUGCGGUAUGGAUCACGACAGGCUGCUAUCAAUAAAUUUAUAUCGAGCAAUAUCUGGAAAUGUGCGAACGAAUUCACAUAUCCAUAUCAGCGAUACAUUCGUGAUACAAAAAUCCCAUCUUCCCGAAAAACCCUGGCGACUUACUGGCAAGUAACUACGAAUAAAUGAGACUUACAAUUCGUCGAAAUCGUGCACUAAUACAUCAUAUAUGGAGAGAAUCUUAAAUUAUUUUAUAUUAAUAUAUCAUAUUUUAUUGCUUCGAUUCGUCUUAUCAAACUCACCAUUCUGUGAGGCACACAGAGGCGGUAUAUUAUAUAUGUAUAUGGAAGUAUAUUUAUUGUUUGAUUUUUAACGGAGAGAGGGAGAGGGAGAAUUAUAUCCCGCGAGACCACGCUGAUGUUUCACAACUUAUUCUACUUCCACGGGAUUAACAUAGCGAGACGCGAGAUGAGACGAAUGUCGCGAAGAGGCGAUAGAACCGGCGCGGACGCACGGUCCGACGCCGUCGGAGAGGACCCGCGGAGUUGCACGUCCGCGCGGCGCUUCCCGUUUUAUCGAUUCCCUCGACGAAGCUCUGCCCCUGCGCAGCCACGAGGAGCGGCACGAGGCGAUACCGCGCGAACGCCGCGAACAAUCGCCGGAUUACGGCCGAGGAGGGGUGUUUGCGACGAUUCUCGAGGUUUAACACAGUUGUACGAUAGGGUGAUAAGUUAUUAAGUCUCUCGACGCGAGACAAUAAUCUUAGGGUUACGGCUCUCGCGUACGCCGGUCGCGCAUGCACCGUCUUGUACAUAUUGUAUCUCCCAUUUUGUAACGAUGAAUAAAAUAUUAAUUAAAAGAUAAA